UGGAAUUUCAAGCUUCGAAAAAAUAAGUGAACUCCUCCUCCACUCGACCUUAACGCCUAAAUUCUACACUACCAAUUCUACUCUGCGACACUUCUCGAGUCGCAGUUAGAAUAAGUCUACCAAACUGUCACUAUAUCGUGUAUUUCGCCCUCUUUCACGAGGCAUUUCUUUCCGAACAUUCACCAUGGCCGCGUUAGACUCACAGAAGCUCUCCCCCACCGAGGAAACUGAGGUCCAGCAAUGGAUCACCACUUCCGAGCGACUCAAGAGUUCACCUUCUGAUACCUCAAUCCUUGAUAAACUCAACUCCCACCUAACCUCCCGAACCACCCUCCUCGGCACUAAACCUUCUAAGGCCGAUGUCGCGAUCUACGAAUCUCUAGCCCCCGCGGUCAAGUCGUGGACCCCCGAGCAGCGAACAGGCGAACAAGGCCACCCUCACAUCCUCCGACACCUUGAUUUCGUCCAAAACUCCGGUGUCUUUGGUUUAAACGUCAACGAUUCGAACAAAAUCAAGGUCGACCUUGACGAAGUCCUUUACGUUAAACCCCCCACCGACGCUAAGGCUGAGAAGGAACGCCUAAAGAAAGAAAAGGCAGCCGCCGCCGCCGCUGCGGGUGGUGAAGGGGUUACUGCUACACUUUUCGACCGAACAAAGGCCGUCACUGAGGCAGUCAAGGGCGCCGCUGUUGAUGCCAAGGACAAGGCUGCUGCCGCCGUUGGUGCUACCACCGAGAAGCCUAAGAAGGAGAAGAAAGAGAAGGCGCCAAAACCCCAGAAGGCUCCUGUUGUUACUACACCGCCGUCGCCUCAUCUCAUCGACCUGAGAGUUGGUCACAUUCUAAAGGCUAUCAAGCACCCUGAAGCUGAUAGCUUGUAUGUGUCUACGAUUGCUAUGGGUGAUAAGCCUGGUACCGAUGACACUAGUGAGUAUGAGGGUCAGGUCUGCCGAACAGUUUGCUCUGGUUUGAAUGGAUUGGUACCUCUGGAGGAGAUGCAAAACCGCAAGGUUGUCGUUGUCGCUAACUUGAAACCGGUCAAGAUGCGGGGUAUCAAGUCGUGCGCUAUGGUUUUAGCUGCGUCGCCGCGACUAAAGGAGGGUGAGGUUGAUGACCAUAAGGGACCGGUCGAACUUGUUACUCCGCCUGCGGAUGCCAAGGCUGGUGAUCGAGUAUGCUUCGAUGGAUAUAGAGGUGAGCCUGAGGGCGUACUCAACCCCAAGAAAAAGAUCUGGGAAACAUUCCAACCAGGCUUCACUACGACAGAUAACUUGGAGGUCGUGUUCGAUGGGCACGUGGUUAAAGAGGCGGGCAAGGAAUUGGUUGGCAAGCUAACUACGGCGACUGGAGGUGUUUGCACAGUUAAGUCCUUACAGGGAGCUACGGUGCGAUAAUCACCAAAAAAAAGCUACAAAAUUCGGCAUAAUAUCCGAUUUAUACUUAGGA